UCACUCUCCAGAAAAGUAUGCAAAUAUUUGCUCCAACGGAGUUGAGACCAAAAGGACUACAAGGGCCACCAGGUAACCGCAGCCAAAGAACAAAACUUAAUUAUGCAAUGAGUUCCUACCGCGCAAGAGUUAUUCAUAGUCACUAUACUUGUCCUACAAAAGCUCCUUUUUGUACUUGGAACUUUAGACAGCUUCUGGUCCAGAGCCUUCCUGAGAUGGGCCGCGGUUGAAUGCUGAAGCUACUACAAGCGUUGUUAACGAAAAUGUAGGAAACCGUCCCAUUGAAUGCCACUGGUUGAAAGUUUUUCUUGUUAUUAAGCGCAUCCACGUAGUUAGAAAGCUUGCUCUUUCAUCCAUUUCAUCUUACCACAGUUGUAGUUUUGCGAAGUGGUACUCAUUGAAUAGAGCAAAGCCUUCCGGUAGCAUCGUCAGUUUGAAACAACUUUUUGGACGGAAGACAUAUGAACAACUCGAAAGGAUUUUUGCAAAGAAUACUAUUGCUUCAACAGAUUCUGAUUUAGUCUUCUUGAGAUCUGUAUUUACAUUGUUAUUUCAGGAAAUAAAUUGGUCAAAGGUACAAGACAAGUUUCUGGUACGGGAACAGAACCAGAACGAAGUUUUCUUCCAAGAUGGAUACGAAUCUUAUGCAAAUAAAAGAUACGAUAAGCGG